AUUGCGACUCACACGCGAAAGGUCAAAUGCACACCAUCAGUCAGCGACUCUUCAUUCUACCUACUAGCCACUCUUGCGCCGGUCCCAUCGCCGGUCCCAGUGUACAACGACAAGUACGUGCUCGCGAACCCGCAAUUCGAAUGGUUCGCAGAGGAUGGAGUCACGUUCGAGCCUCAGUAUACCCGAGACAAGGGCGCCGCCAGCGUCUUCAUCCUCGACAGCAAAGGCCGCAUCGUCACGCAGACAUCCUAUGGCGAUCACUUUUUCGCCAGCGAUGACUACAACGACUUCGAGCUGGUGCAUUUCCUGCCCCGCGGGUGGAUACAGGCUCGCAGGCUUCACAACGGCGAAGACGUCGGGUUCGACUAUGUCUAUUGCACGAUGCAGUCUCCGUCGGGGCGAUACGCUGGUGGAUUCAAGGAGUUGGCGUGCACGCAGGGGUACUUCAAUGCGACGGUCUUGCAGUAUUGUCCGUUGUAUGACGAGUAUUUCCGCACAGGAACGGUGCUUGGGGCAGAGUACAGUGCUACAACUCCUGAUUGUCUGUUGGUCACGUACCUGGUGGUUCCCGUCUGCUGA